AUGGCUGAAAACUCUGAUUCUUCUUCCGCUCUUUGUUUUUCACAUUGUGUAACCUUGAAACUUAGUUCCACUAACUACCUGUUGUGGAAGAUUCAGUUCGAAACAUGGCUCAACAAUCAAAGGCUAUUGGAUCAUGUCACUGGAAGCACUCCGUGUCCUCCGGCUACAAGAUCUGUCAAGAAGGGAGAAACGGUAUCAAAGGCUCCAAAUCCGGACUUUCUCGCUUGGGUCAACAAUGACCAGAAGAUUAUGGGUUGGUUGAUAGGCUCGCCGACUGAAGAGGCUCUCUCUGUUUAUGGACUCCACACUUCUGGUGAGGUAUGGUUCUCUCUCGCUAAAAAAUACAAUCACAUCUCUGCAUCUAGGAAGAGUGAUUUGCAACGCCGCUUACAUUCCACCGAGAAAGAAGGAAAAACUUUAGCUGAGUAUCUGAACACUAUUAAGCAGAUUUGUGACCAACUUCACUCCAUAGAGUACUCUGUUCCAGAAAAUGAGAAAUUUUUUGGUUUGGGUCAGGAAUAUGAGUCUAUUGCCACAAUGAUUGAGAGUCAGAUGGAUACAUUUCCUAUGAGCUAUGAUGAUGUUGUGAUAAAGCUAACCAACUUCGACGACAAGAUACAGAAGUAUGUUGGUUCUUCUGUUUCUCCUCAUUUAGCCUUCACAACGGGUAGAGACUUUUCCAAUCGUGGUAGGCCAGUCUCCUGGUCGCUCUGGUGGUUACCGUGGUCGUGGCAACUAUUCAACCAGGGGCAGAGCUUUCAUCAACAGAUUUCCAAUGGUCAGUUCCCAGACUCUGGUCCACGACCUACCUAUCAAAUCUGCAACAAGUAUGGACAUUCUGCUUACAGGUGUUACAAGAGGUUUGAUCAUUCUUACCAAGGUGAAGAGCUCCCUAAUGCGUUGGCUGCGAUGCAUAUUACUGGUCCACCGGGCCAUGAAUGGACUGUUGACUCAGGUGCUACCUCACAUAUCACGAACUCCACUGCUCAACUUCAAACUGUUCAACCUUAUAGCGGUGAAGACUCUGUGAUUGUGGGAAAUGGUGAUUUUCUGCCCAUAGCACACAUUGGCUCCUCUGUUCUUCCCAGUACUCAAGGUAAUAUUCCGUUACAGGAUAUUCUAGUUUGUCCUCAGAUUACAAAGUCUUUACUAUCAGUUUCCAAACAUACCUCUGAUUAUCCUUGUGCUAUUGAGUUUGAUUACGAUGGUGUUAUUAUUAAGGACAAGUGGACAAAACAGCUCCUCACCAAAGGACCCCACCGUAGAGACCUGUAUCUGUUGGAGAACCCGCAGUUCAUGGCUUGUUACUCUUCUAGACAACAAGCUACAAGUGAUGAGGUGUGA